GUGGUUUCAGCGAACAUGAGAAACUCAAUAAGCAAGCGGGACAGAAAGAUACGCGCGCCCUUAAACAUGCCUGUGACAGUGGGGCCAUAUGGCCAGUCCCAACCCAGUUGCUUUGACAGAGUGAAAAUGGGCUUCAUGAUGGGCUUUGCUGUUGGUAUGGCAGCAGGUGCACUGUUCGGCACAUUUUCGUGUCUCAGGUUUGGCAUGAGAGGGAGAGAACUGAUGGGUGGUGUUGGCAAAACCAUGAUGCAGAGUGGUGGAACUUUUGGGACAUUUAUGGCAAUUGGCAUGGGAAUCCGCUGUUAAUGUUACCCGGUACUUUUCUAUCACGAAGACUAAUGCCCCUGCAAGUUGGAAGUUCUGCUAUGUAGUAGAAUAAAAAUCUCUGCACCAAGAUUGAAUAAUCCAUCAAAAUAAGUUUCGGCCUUUAUUGCUGUAGCAAGCAUUUGUAAA